AUGUCAUCACCACCAAUAACUAAGGAAAAGAAAAACAAAGAAGAUAGACCUUACAAAUGUACAUUUUGUGACAAGGCAUUCCAUCGAUUAGAACACCAAACAAGACACAUCAGAACCCAUACAGGAGAGAAGCCUCAUGCUUGUACAUUUCCGGGCUGUACCAAGCGUUUCAGUCGAUCAGAUGAAUUAACCAGACACUUGAGAAUUCACAAUAAUCCUUCAUCAAGGAAAAGAAAGAGCAAGAAUGAUGUUAAUAACACCACUAAUCCACAUAUGAUUCAACCUAUACCCAUCAGUAUACAUUCAAACCAGCAACAACAUCCACUUGCAAUGGGUCAAUAUCCACCUGCUGCCCAUCCCCCUGUGCCUGUUUCAGUUGAUAGUAAUGGUAAUACAAUUUAUCAUCAACCAUAUCCAGUAUAUUUAGUGCCUCAUGCCAAUGGAUAUAUGCAGCCAGUAGUAGCCCAUCCACAUGCCCAAUCACAGCCACAACUACUGACUCCGCAACAACAACAACAACAACAACAACAACAACAACAACAACAACAACAACAACAACAACAACAACAACAACAUUUUCAGUUUACACCAGAAUCGUCAGCUUCCCCAGCACAAGCUUUGCUCCAGCAACAACAACAACAACAGAGUAGAGCACCAACACCUUCAAAGAAUCCAUCAAUUCUUGAUACCGUACCUUCACAUUAUCAACAACAAGGUUCAGCUGUAUUUUCGAUUCCUUCCUCGCCUACUAACUUACAGCAUAAUGGAUCAGGGUUUGCACAACAAGCAACAGCGAACUCCCAUAACAACUCCUACACACAGCAACUUCAUCACCAACGCCCUGCUUUGAGCUCGCGAACAAUUUCAUCAGAUGCUAUAAGAUCGUAUAACAUGAGCCACAGUAAUAAUCCAGUUAACGUCUCACCACCGUUUCCACAACGUCACUACCAGUUACAACAGCAACAACAACAACACUAUCACAGUAAUCCAAACAUACAAAAGUCACAAUCUUCAUCAAGUAUACUAUCGGAAAAUCAACGAGUAUUUAGUAAUCCUGAAUCGUCGACACAAUCAUUGGGUACAUCGCCAGAUAGUGAUACUUCGUAUUCAUCUUCCGCUGCUAUGCCCCCACCACAACAACAUGGUGCUGCUACUGUGUUAAACCCAUCCGCUGCUAGUACUGCUGUGCCUUCAUUUAGCAACCUUCACGAGUACUUCCAACAGAAGAACAAUAGCGGAGGAAGGCUUUUCAACGGUAACUCAUCAUCAUCAACUUCACUUUCCUCAUUGAAUGGUAAGAUCAGAUCAUCCAACUCAUCAACGAAUUUAUCAAAUAUAUCCAAUUUGACAAGAAUGACACCAUUGAAAUUCCCUUCAAGUGCAACAAUGACUAAAUCACAAAGUAGAACGAAUUUGAACAUACCCAAACAAGUCUCAUCAACAUCAUUAAACUUGGAAUUCUAUAACAAUCAAGGCGGUGCCAGCUCUAACGGAUUAAGUCAUGUGGCUAAGAAAUCAAGGCCAAGUUCACCAAUACUUUUAUCAACUACACCCGUCCAUCCAUCAUCGAUACAUUCAACUUCCAAUGCACGUAAAUUUAAUUCAAGUUUUAUUAUUUCUCCAAAUGAGACUCCAUUACAAACACCUAGUCAAUCACCUCAAUUACAUGCAGAAGAAGAGGAUUCUAGUACACCACAACCUAGUAAAUUUACAUUACAAGAUAACAAGCAAGGUGAAAUAAGCGUCAAUGAUAAGAAGGAUCAAGAUGACUCAAGUCUGAAAUUGGGCGAUAGUAUUGCCACCACCGGUACUCAAUUACCACCAAUUCGAUCAGUAUUGAGUUUCACUUCGUUGAAAAAUAUGCCCAAAGUCAAUAAUGAAACGAGUGAGAGUAGUAAUGGUAGUCAAGAAACUAUGGUAACUGAGAAAAUUCAUGAGACUAAUUCCAAUAACAGUGCUCCUACAAUGAGUGUCAGUAGUUUGUUGAGUUAA